AUGACUGUCCCAACCCCAAUUGUAGCCGGCAACUGGAAGAUGAACACCGACAUUGCCGGCGGCACAGCCCUGGCUGCGGCUAUCGCGGCCGGCGUCGGCGCAAUAGUUGGCGUCGACCUGGUGGUCUGCCCACCGUUCGUGUCGCUGGCCGCGGUGCGUGAUGCCGUGGCCGGCAGCGGUGUCAGCGUGGGCGCCCAGAAUAUGCACGCUGACGGGAAUGGCGCGUUCACCGGCGAGAUUGCGCCGCCAAUGCUGGUGGGACUCUGCGAGUACGUAAUCAUCGGACAUUCGGAGCGUCGGCAAUUCUUCGGAGAAACGGACGAUUCGGUGGGUCGGAAGGUUGCCGCCGCGGUUGCGCACGAACUGCGACCAAUCGUGUGCGUGGGCGAAACACUGUCGGAAAGGGAAUCGGGCAACGCCGCCGAGGUAAUCCGCUGGCAGGUAACGUCGGCGUUGGCCGAGCUGGACGCUGGAGAUGCUGAUGGUCUGGUCAUAGCCUACGAACCGGUCUGGGCCAUCGGCACCGGGCGGGCGGCAACGCCGGAAAUCGCCGACCAGAUAAUGGGUGGCGCAAUUCGCUCCACCAUGGCUGCGGUGUUGGGACUCGAUGUGGCUGCAGCGGUCCCGCUGCUCUACGGCGGCAGUGUUAACGCCGCCAACGCCGCCGAAUUCGCCGCUGUGGAAAACGUCAACGGCGCGCUGGUCGGCGGGGCCAGCCUCGACGCUGGUUCGUUUCUGGCAGUGGCGGUUGCGUUCGCCGGUGCUUAG